AUGUUUGGAGAGGGCCGAGAGGAGGCCGCCAGGCUAUAUGUUCCCCCACUGCUUGAAGAUAACGAGCGUCUCAACGAUCCCGAAGCUUCCGAAGACCUGCCGCCGCCCGACGUCGAGACAGGCAGCGCUCUUCCUGUCUGGUUGCGGGAAUCAUCCAAAUCAUUUCGCUGGGGAUGGGUGCCGCUACCGCUCCGAAAGGUUGGCCGCGCCACGGCCAAUUGGGUCAAGGGUCCUGACCCGCCGCAUAUGCUUCUGUUGAAGCCGCUGUUUCCGCGAGCCCAGGAGCUUCCAGUCCAAUACCUCGACCGUCUCUUUCCCAAGCGCAAAUUUAAGACUGUACUCUUACUGCUGCUCUAUACAUCUUGGUUCUUGCCUUGGUUUUUGGUUUUAUUACACUCGCGUUCUUCUGGUUAUAUCGAAGGGUACGGUCGGCCUCAGACUCUAUCAUGCUUGACGAACUUCUGGGAGUUCGGCAAUGGGUGUGGUAUUAACGGAAACGACUGCCGUCCAUUUUCUUCUUCGACUAUUCCCUUCAGGUGUCCUGCGAAUUGCCGUGAUGCCAAAUUACUGGAGCCUUACGUUGUGGGGAAUUAUACAUACAACUAUCAGGGCCUAGUAAUUGGAGGGGCUAAGCCUGAUUCCUCCGACCCGGCAAUUUACCGUGCGGAUAGCUUUGUCUGUCAGGCAGCAAUCCAUGCCGGCGCAAUUUCGAACGAUGGCGGCUGCGGUGUUGUCAAGCUUGAGGGCGCAGCGCACUCUUUUCCAUCGGUGAAACAACACGGCAUUCUCUCCGCUGGGUUCCCAUCGACCUUCCCGAAGGCUUUCAGCUUUCUCCAGCUGUCCUCUCCGCAAACUAGCUGUCCGUCAGAUCCGCGCUGGACGCUUCUUGGAAUCACUGCUGCCGCCGUUGGUAUCCUGUGGCUCUUCUGCACAUCACCGCCUGUGCUGUUUUUCAGUACAUUCUUCAUGGUGUUCUGCCAUACGGGACUUGUUGGAGACCCGCCCUCGUAUCCUUUCUUGGCCGACCUUGUCUCCAGCCUUCUGUCACGGCUGCUACCAGCGUCGUUUGUCGUCUACGUACUUUACAAGUUCUGUGCAGCGCCACUUUUGCAACCAAUCUCGUCGCCUAUUUAUCAGCUUUCAAAGUUGUUCCUUUUCCUACCCCCGCUUUUCAUUGGAGCUCUGAACAACUACACAUUUGCGCGGUUGAUUCCCUUGCAGCGCCUAACUCCGAUGGACAUUCAGAAACAACCCGGGGCGAAGUUGGCAUUGGCUCUUGUCAUCCCAAUUGUGAUUUCGAUUAUCCUGAGCCAGGCGUGGCAAAUUCGCCAGGGAGGUCUGCUCCCACGGUAUUUGAAGAUAUACGGUACCAUGGGGGUCAUCAUCUUGAUUUUGCUUCCGCUACCUGGUCUUCGCCUUCGAAUUCACCAUUAUAUUCUCGCCAUUCUCCUCAUGCCGGGCACCGCCUUUCCCACUCGGCCUUCGCUCAUCUACCAGGGUCUGCUGCUGGGUCUUUUCAUCAAUGGAGUUGCGCGGUGGGGCUUUGCCUCCAUCAUCGAGACUCCGGCAGCUCUAGGAGAGCAAGCGCCGCUUGGAGACGGAAUCCAUGGCUGGUGGGGUGCUACCUAUCCCAAUAUCACGACCGCAUCUGUGAAUAUCUCCCUACCAGAGGGAUCGAACGACACUUAUCACGGCAAUGGCAACAUCACAUUCUCUCUGUGGGAACACGAGCGUAUGUCGGAUCUAGCGGUGGACGGCGUCUCAGUUCUUCUCAACGAUGUAGAGCGCUGGCGCGGCUAUCUCGAUGAAGACAAGCGCGGAGAAUUUACCUGGCACCGCCAUGGCCAUGAUGGCCUGGAGUUACAGAGAAAUCCUCGUCUAGUCAAUCGUGAUUUGGACACCAACAUUGACCCCAAGUCGGUUCUUUUGGCUGAUAGUGAUCCUGACGAUAAACCCGAAGACUUAUUUUUCCGCUUUGCGUUUUUGAGAGGGUCCGAGGCUGGCAUUUACAGCCCGACAGGAGUCUGGCUGAGCGAUGGCGCGUGGUGGCCCCCUGCGCCUCCCAAGAAAUAG